AUGGAGCUGAAGAAGGACGACCACGCCGUGGCCAUCGACAUGCUGCUCAUCGUGCAUUCGGAGCAGCGGCGCGCCGCGCAGGGCGCGCACUCCGAGCGCCAGGCGGACCCGGGCGCGCCGCAGCUUCAGCCGCAGCCGCAGCCGCAGCCGCAGCCGCAGCCACAGCGCAGAGGAGGACUCCAAGGCGUGGGAAAUGGAAUCCGGAAAUGGCAGAAAUGCGAAGGAAACGAGCUGUAUGGCAGCCUGGCAGGGAAGCAGCACCCUCAGCAGCCCCAGGUCAUCACUUCCUAUGACAACCAAGGGACACAGCUGACCGUGGAGGUUCACCCUCGAGACGCCAUGCCCCAGCUGCUCAAGAAGUUCUCCUUGGCUAAACUACGUCUACAAGGCGAUAAAAAUGGAAACACCAGAGCCCGGCAGCCUGGAGGAAAAGAUGCACACGCCUACCCCUGGGAUCGGUCCAGCCUGAAGUCCAUGACUCUGGACCUGCGGCAGUUUGAGAAACUGGACGCCUAUGCCUCACAGGUGACGGUCAAGAGCGGGCUGGACGAGCUGGUGUGUGACCUGCUGCAGGAGGCCCCCAGUGACCUGGAAAGGGUCCGUGCCAUCUGGAUCUGGAUCUGCCACCACAUAGAGUAUGACAUGGAGGCUGCCCAGGAGAAGGACCGCCAAGCCUUCAAGCCCACCGACAUCCUGCGGACCCAGAAGACCAACUGCGACGGCUACGCCGGUCUCUUCGAGAGAAUGUGCAGGAUCGCUGGCGUGCAGUGCAUGACCGUGCCCGGCUACUCCAAGGGUUUCGGCUACCAGACCGGGCAGAGCUUCUCCGGGGAGUUUGAUCACGCCUGGAAUGCUGUGUACCUGGAAGGGAGGUGGCACCUGCUGGACAGCACCUGGGGCAGCGGCCUGGUGGACACCACCACCUCCAAGUUUACCUUCCUCUACAACGAGUUCUACUUCCUCACCCAUCCCGCACUGUUCAUUGAGGACCACUUCCCAGACAACAAGAACUGGCAGCUGCUGAAGCCCCCCCAGUCCCUGCGGCAGUUCGAGAACAACAUGUACCACAAGAGCGAGUUCUACAACAAGGGCAUGCUGAGCGCCCACCCGGACACCGCCGUCAUCAGAACAGUGAACGGGAAGGCCACGAUCACCAUCGAGAGCUGCGCCCCGAAGCUGUUCAUGUUCAUGCUCAACGGCAAGCAGGAGCACGGGCUGCUGAGCCUGAGGAAGAACGGGAUGAAGCUCGAGGUGUUCCCCCCCACCACGGGCUCCCACAAGCUGCAGAUCUUCGCCAAAGGCGACUCGGACAUCUACAGCUCCGUGCUGGAGUACACGCUCCAGUGCAACCACGUGGACCUGGGCGUCCGGCUGCCGGCCGAGCUGCACCAGCCCGUGGGCCCCAGCUGGUUCUCGGAGCAGAUGGGCAUCGUGAAGCCGUCCCACCCCGAUCCCAUCAUCCACACCCGCGACGGGCGCUGCUCCGUCAGCUUCGGCGUGGACGAGGGCAUCAGCGUCCUGGCCUCGCUGCAUGGCGACGACGGCCCCAUCACCGAGGAGAUGCAGCGACGCUACAUCUUCCAGCUGCACCGGGAGAAGCGGACGGAGCUGAAGGUCCAGCUGCCCCACGCCGGCAAGUUCGCCCUCAAGAUCUUUGUCAAGAAGAGGCAGGAGACGGGCAACUACGUCUUCGUCUUCAAUUACCUCCUGUGCUGUGCCAACACCAAGGUGAACUGGCCCGUGUUCCCCGAGAGCUUUGGCAACUGGGGGCAGGACAAUGAGCUGCUGGAGCCCCUGUCGGGCGUGCUGCCUGCCAACCGCAACGUCCCCUUCAAACUGAAGCUGCACGGCGUCGCCAAAGCGCUGGUGAAGGGGCAGGACACGUGGCCGCUGACCCUGAGCCACGAGGGCUACUGGGAGGGCAGCUGCAACACGGCCGGCUGCCAGGAAGUGUACGUGAUGGUGCUGGAGAACGCCAACCACAACUUCUACUCCUACAUCCUCAAGUACCGAGUGAACGCCCAGUGA